GUCGAAUAAAAAAUUGUUGUCAUUACAUUUGAUAAAUAAAAAAAUUUCUCAAGUUUAUGAACAUGUUCCUGAUUCACUCUUUGUGGAAGUGUUAAUUAUUUUGAUUUUACUAAUCUCCAUUUAGUGGAAUAAUUUCAUUGAAACAUCAUGGCAUCAAUGAAGCAAUUUGAUCGAUGUUGUAAUCCUUUUGGGCUGGAGUCUCAUUGUAAAAAAAUUGGUUUGCGUCCAGCGACUGACAUUAUGAAAGAAAUGUUCGGAUUGAGUGAUUAUUAUUUAUUAUGCAGUUCAUGUCGAAAAGAAGCUUAUAAGGUAGUUAAACAACAAACAAAUACUCGUGAUGAUCCUAAUGUUGAUUCAAGUGAUCACGAAGGCAACUCUAGUGACAGUAAUGAAAACGAUGAUCAUUUUGAUAGCGAUAGUAAUACAACUGCCACAGAUCUACCAUUAUCAUUAUCAUUCCGUUCUAUGUCAUUUGAUAACGAACCAAAAAAUUCACAACCAAGCUCGGCAUCUCAAGUUAGCGCUGCAACUCAGUUACCUGUAAUAAAUCAUGCAUUACAGCUGUUAAAUCAAUCACCAAUCCCAUCAAGGAAAUUAAAUGACAAUCAAUUUUUAAACAACAAAAUAAAUCAGAUAUCUGACAGCUUGAAAAAGGUUUUACUCUCUUCAACUGAUGAAGACCCGGUCGAUGAUGAUGGUGAAAAUUUUCGCGCUUUAAUAAAAUCACUGCAAGACAAAUUUAACGAUAAAGAAACGGAAAAAUUAUUGAAAAUACAGAUUUUAACAUUAUUACCUGAACAAUGGAGUGAAAGACGUAUUUCUGAAACUAUGAAUAUAUCAAGACAUAUGUCAAGGGUAGCAAAAGCGUUGGUUGAAGAAAAAGGUCUACUUUCAGUACCUGAAUCAAAAUUAGGGAGAAAAAUUGCAGAUCAAGUGAAAUUGAAAGUUGAAAAUUUUUAUAAUGAUGAUGAGUACAGUGCUCCGAUGCCAGGUAUGAAAGAUUUUGUUUCAGUUCGAAAUGAUGAUGGUAAUCAAGUACCCGUCCAAAAAAGACUUGUCCUGUCUAACUUAAAAGAAUUAUACCAAUGUUUUCGAGAAAUAAACGCUGCAGAGAAAAUUGGAUUUUCGAGAUUUGCUUCUCUGCGACCUAAACAUUGUGUGUUAGCAGGGGCAAGUGGAACACAUACUAUCUGUGUCUGUACGAUCCAUCAAAACGUUAAGUUAAUGAUGCUUGGUGCGAAUAUUCAUUCUCUAACAAGAAAUACAGAUAUAUCCAUUACACACUAUAGUGAUUGUUUGAGUUUGAUUGUAUAAAAUUACGCGU